AUGUCAACCCACCCUCUCGAUGGCCUCGGCCUCGACCUAGACCCAACCAAACCCAAUCUCAACGCAAGAGAUCUAAACCCAAACCUCCUGCACACCGACACCUCCCUCCAAAAACGCUAUACAACAAUCUCAAUCCCCUCAACCUACGGACGCAUAAACACAAGUCCCGCGGCAGGUACCGUAGUGGGCAUCGUACUGGGCAGCGUAGCAGGCUUCGUCCUGCUAAUGUACGUCCUCUUCCUAGCGGUGAACCCAGGGGGCAUCGCGCGAGGUGGAGUCGCAGCGCCAACCUCAUCCUCAAUAUCGAUGUCGAUGUCUAUGUCGAUGGACGACGAAGAGAUUGUUGAAGUGCGCAAUCGACGCGGGUCAUUGGCCGGUGGACGGCGACGACGCGACGUCAUCGAGGUCACUGAGGAGCGGGAUACUUUCCGUGAUAGUUAUCGGCGUCGGCCUUCGUCGAGACAUGAUCGGGUUGUUGUUGAGGAGUCUUUGGCUACUUCUACGUCCGGGGAGAUGGAUGGGGAUGUUAUUGAGGUUGAAGAAGAGGAAUCUAGUGCGCCUUCUGAUAUUUCGCCGCGUCCACCGCGGAGAUCCAGAAGGGGUGGGGUUAGGCAUGUUGAUCCCCUUGCCUAUGGCGGGGGAAGUGAUUAUAGUAGUCAGAGGUGA